AUGGCUUUGCAUACUUCAGUCGAAGAAAUCGAAAGACGGUGGUCAUCUUUAAGGGACAUGUUUAGCAGAGAGAAUAGGCGACAAAUGUUACCACCGUCUGGUUCUGGAUAUGAACCGAGGAAGGAAUGGGAGUUAUAUAGAAAUAUGUUGUUUCUAGUUCCUCAUAUAGCUCAUAGAAAAACAAAGACAUCAUUUGUUCAACAAUCACAAAGUUCAUUACCCCAAACAAGUACAGCAGAUACUUCCUCACCGUUUACAUCUAAGCAAUCUUCGAAUCAAUCUUCCAAUGUGAUAACUUUGUUACCAGAUCAUAGUUACAGUGGAUCUUUUCAAUCAAUAAAAGAGAACACAUUAUCAUUAGAUUUGGAAGACCAAGAGAGCAACAUAACAAUUACAGAUUGUGAAAUCCCAAAUAGACCUGCUAGUACACUUUCUAGCUGCAGUUAUACUAGCAGUGUGCAAUCUUUAGAACCAAAUACAAGUUUUAAUCCUACACAGUUGAAAGAUUCAUCUGUAUUUAAGUCUACCAAAAAAGUAAUGCCAGAAAUGGAUGAAUUUGCAAAACGUAAGAAGAUGAAAGACAAUAAACUUGAUCACGAGUUGGAGAAAGCAAGUAAGGAAAUAUCUAUGGCAGUGAAAGCAGUAUCAUCUCAAUUAGAUCAAAAAUUGGAGAAAGAUGGUUACAUGUCCGCCUUAGAAGAAGGAUUAAAAUACGUUCUUUUGAAACAUAGAACACAAUGUAUCAUAGAUCUUCUUCAAAUUAUUCAAAAGUACGAGGAGAGGCAAUAA